GCAGGCAGGAAUCAGAACUGCCAUGCUGAUACUUAAACUGCUUUUGAUGGUCCUGUUAACCCAGGCAGAAAAGCCUGACUGCACGCCACAGGGUCACAGGGUGCUGCCUGAACUGGAGAAAGCUGGAGACCUUAUAAUUGGGGGUAUAUUCUCCUUCCGCACUAGACAAGAUGGCUACAUAGAUUAUUUUACAAAAAUACCGGAAAUACGUCCAUGCAAAGAUUUCAGUUUCAGGGAAUUCAAGUUUGCUCACACAAUGAUGUUUGCAAUAGAUGAGAUAAACAGAGACAUGGACAUUCUCCCUGGAAUUAAACUGGGAUACAAAAUCUACAAUGACUGUGGAUCCACAGACAUACUAAGAGCUGCUAUGACAUUAGUAAAUGGUCUAGAGCAGUCAAAAACAGGAUCAAACUGCAAUAAAACAGUCCAGGCCAUUAUUGGACAUUCUGGAUCAACACCAACUAUGAGCUUUGCAAAGAUUGUUGGAAGAUUUCAUAUACCAGUGAUCAGUCAUUUUGCUACAUGUGCUUGUUUGAGCAACAGAAAGGAGUAUCCCUCCUUUUUCAGAACUAUUCCCAGUGAUUACUAUCAAAGCAGAGCACUGGCCCAGCUGGUCAGACAUUUUGGCUGGAUGUGGGUGGGGGUGUUAAGCAAUAAAAAUGAUUAUGGAAUAAACGGGAUAACCACCUUUAUUAGCGCUGCUAGUGAGGAAGGAGUGUGCAUUGAAUACUCAGAAGCCUUUGAAAGUACCAGCCCAUACCACGAAAUAUUGAGAAUCGUGAAUAUUAUCAGAAUCUCCACAUCUAAGGUAAUUAUGGCCUUCAUGUCACACAGAGAGAUAAAGAUUCUGGUGGAUGAGCUAUACAGACAGAACAUUACAGGACUGCAGUGGAUCGGAAGUGAUGCCUGGAUCACAGAUGACUCUCUAUCAGAUAUCCAUGGUCAUACUUUGCUGAUUGGAUCUAUAGGAUUCACUGUCCGCAAUGCUCAGAUACCUGGACUAGGUCCUUUUCUACAGGAUGUCAACCCCUCUCAAUUUCCUAACAGCGUAUUUUUUAAAGACUUUUGGGAACAUGUUUUUGACUGUUCUUUGUCUCCAAGUGAAAUAAAAAAGAGGUGUAAUGGCUCUGAGAACUUGAGAGAUGUGCAAAACUCUUUCACUGACUUGACUGAUUUAAGGUUCUCAAACAAUAUAUAUAAAGCUGUUUAUGCAGUAGCCCAUGCAAUUAAUAAUAUUCUCUCAUGUGAGCAAAACAAAAGCUUCAUUCUUAAUUCCACUUGUCUAAAACUUACUGAAGUAAAGCCUUGGCAGGUCUUAAACUCUUUGCAAUCCAUAAAUUUCACCACACCUGGGGGUGAAAAUGUCUUUUUUGAUAAAAACGGAGAUUCACCAGCGAGAUAUGAGCUGAUCAAUCUACAAAGUGUUAAUAAAGGCAAAAUAGAGGUGGAAACUAUUGGUUACUAUGAUGCCUCUUUGCCUAAAAGUCAACGGUUCUCCAUGAAUAAUGUUCAGGUCAUCUGGAGAGAAGGAAAAAAUCAGGUGCCUGUGUCUGUGUGUAGUGAGAGCUGUCCCCCAGGCACUAGAAAAGCAGUGCAGAAAGGAAGACCUGUCUGCUGUUAUGACUGCAUACUAUGCCCACCAGGAGAGAUUAGCAACACAACAGAUUCAGUUGAUUGCCUCAAAUGCCCUAUUGCACAGUGGUCAAAUACAAGAGGAGAUUCCUGCAUCCCAAAAGAAAUUGAAUUCUUGUCAUAUGCUGAAAUAAUGGGGAUUUUUUUGGCAUUUUUUUCUUUAGUUGGGGUCUUUUUCACUACAGCAAUCAUGCUUAUUUUCUAUAUUUACAGAAGCACACCUAUAGUAAGAGCCAACAACUCAGAGCUGAGCUUCCUGCUGCUCUUCUCAUUGACUCUCUGUUUCCUCUGUUCACUUACUUUCAUUGGUCGGCCCACUGAGUGGUCCUGUAUGUUGCGUCACACAGCAUUUGGUAUCACUUUUGUCCUCUGUAUCUCCUGUGUUCUGGGGAAAACAAUAGUGGUGUUAAUGGCCUUCAAGGCUACACUUCCAGGAAGUAAUGUUAUGAAAUGGUUUGGGCCCGUGCAGCAAAAACUCUGUGUAAUUUUCUUUGCACUUAUACAGGUGCUUAUUUGUGCAUUCUGGUUAAUAUUAGCUCCACCAUUUCCAUAUAUGAACAUGAAUCAUUACCAAGAAAAGAUCAUUUUAGAAUGUCAUUUAGGUUCAGCUAUUGGUUUCUGGACUGUAUUGGGUUAUAUUGGUCUCCUGGCUGUCUUUUGCUUCAUUUUAGCUUUUCUAGCACGGAAACUGCCUGACAAGUUCAAUGAAGCUAAAUUCAUCACAUUCAGUAUGCUCAUAUUUUGUGCUGUGUGGAUCACGUUUAUCCCAGCUUAUGUCAGUUCUCCUGGAAAAUUCAUUGUAGCUGUGGAAAUAUUUGCCAUUUUGGUCUCUAGCUUUGGUUUACUGUUCUGUAUUUUCUUGCCAAAGUGCUAUAUAAUUUUACUAAAACCUGAAAUGAACACUAAAAAGCAUGUAAUGGCAAAGAUGUCCAAUGAUAUCCAUUAAUAGUUAUUGGAGUGCACAAAAUUAACAGAGCAUGAAAAAUCCCUGAAAUAUUCAGAAUUAAGAAUUGGUUUAAAUUAAAUAAAUCUAAGCAAGGAUCUUCAACUGGGGGUUGGUCGUUUUGUUAACAAAUUAAAUCAUGGGUAAAAAUAUCACAAAGUCAAAUUUAAAUAUAAGCACCCUCAGUUGAUACUGUAAUCAUAUCAUACUGGAAAACUCUCCAGUGCGUUUUUGUGUUUACACUAUGGAGAACGUCAAAUGUUUCUAUUUACAGCGUGUUUUUGCAGCGAUGAGAAAUGUAGCACAGUCAUGUUUGUUGACAAUAGCCAAUAAGAGUGGUUUAAUUUAGUCAGAAUCAACUCACCACUCAAAACACCUGAGAUUUUGUUUAGUGCUGAGCAAAUCCUCUCAUUACAAACAAAGACACAAUGCAAGUAAGAGAUUCAUUAUGCAGUGUAGACAACUUUAUUGACUUGUAUUGAUUUGUAAGAUAACAAACUGAGUGACUGACAGCAUUUUAAUGAUUGUAAAGGGCUUUCGCGUGCUUUCGAGGCUAUAAAUAUUAUCCAUUGAAAAAAAGUUUUUCAUGCUGCUAAGAGGACCGACAGCCAAUUGCACAGUGAAAAUUUAGGAAGUGACAUCUACAUAUAAAUGUGGGAUUCACUAUCAAAAUUGCAGUUGACAGUGGUAACUAUAGCACUGGACAAAAAAAAAAGUGGCAUAUCAAAAUUGACACGUGCAACGUAAAUGCAGACUAAUAGAUUAAAGGCACAGUAUGUACGUUUCACUACUAGAGGAUGCUUAUUCAAAACAAUAACAAAGGGGUAGCUUGUUAAUGCAGGGAAUGAGUGUGGAAUCGUCAGAGUUGUCAUCUUCACCUCCGCAGCUGAUGGAAAGCAAUCCGACAGGACUCAGGCAGAAGUAAUGUUCACGGAUAAGCUAAUGUUUUAAAGUUUUAUUAAUGUUACUGUUGUAUGAAGCAGGGUGGGGACGAGAGCCAUGCGAGAUGAAUGAGGCCAGUGAAGCGAAUGCUAAUGAGAGAUACCUGUACAAUACACCAGUCUCGAGUCCCAUGGAAUGACGACAGUGAAUCGUGAGAGAUGAUCAGGCCUUGAACUUUUUACUUUGCUGUUUGAAUUAAGCUUUUAUGCCGCAGUUGUCCAUUACGAUUAAAGUUGCAUUUAACGUU